CAUUCUUCGCUGAGGAGGAGGAGGAGAUUGUUCCGUCGUUGUCUUCGUUUAUCACGGAAAAUCUGCUGACGAAGUCGCUUUUUUUUGCUCCUGCUGCUGCUUGAUUCCACUGUGUUGUGGCCAGAUUAUUUUGCAGUGCGGUGAUAUCGAUUCCUGCGGGUGUUCCGGAAGCGGGUGUUGAAGGUUGUUUUGGGAUUUGCGUGUUUUUUUUUUUCGUGUUGGAUCGAUUCCGUUCGGAAGGAGGAGGAGGAGCAGCAGCUGCAAGCAAAUCAAAAUGAUGGACGGGACGAUUGAGGAGAACGGCAACGGAACGCCGCAGCUGGCCGGGAGUCCGCUGGAGGGCGGGAAUGAUGAUGUGCUGCCUACGCAGAAGUUGUCUUCCGGGAAUGGAGUGCCGGCGGAAGGGCCGCAGCCACCACAGCAGGGCAACGGAAACAGCAACAAGACAGAUAACGCGACACUCCCUCCAAACUCGCUGCUGGUGGACAUUUCCGAUGCCUUGAGCGAGAAGGAGCGGGUCAAAUUUACCGUCCACACGCGCACCAACCUGCCUGGGUUUGCCAAGUCGGACUUUUUGGUGGUGCGGCAGCAUGAAGAGUUCGUGUGGCUGCACGACCGGUUCGAGGAGAACGAAGAGUACGCCGGGUACAUUAUUCCGCCGUGUCCACCGCGGCCGGAUUUCGACGCGUCCCGGGAGAAGCUGCAGCGGCUGGGCGAGGGCGAAGGCAACAUGACUAAGGAAGAGUUUAAGAAGAUGAAGCAGGAACUGGAGGCGGAAUAUCUGGCGACGUUCAAGAAGACGGUGGCCAUGCACGAGGUGUUCCUCACCCGACUGGCCUCCCAUCCGGUGUUCCGGAACGAUUCCCACUUGAAAGUGUUUCUCGAAUUCGACCAGGAUCUGUGCGCCAAGCUGAAAAAGAAGAUCGACGUGUUUGGUGGGCUGAUGCGAAGCAUAGGCAAAACCACCGACGAAAUCUACCUGGGCGCGACCGUGAAAGACGUCAACGACUUCUUUGAGCACGAGCUGCAAUUCCUCGGCGAGUACCACGCGCACCUCAAGGAAGCGGCGCUGCGCACCGAAAAGAUGACCAACAAACACAAGGAGGUGGCCGACGCGCACAUCCGCUUCUCGUCGGUGCUGACGACGCUGUCCACGGCCGAGCACGGCACCAUGGAGAAGUUCCUGGCCAAGACGUCGGACAUUUUCGAAAAGAUCCGGAACAUGGAAGGUCGCGUCGCCAGCGAUCAGGACCUAAAGCUCGGCGACACGCUGCGGUACUACCAGCGCGACAGCAAUGCCGCCAAGGCCCUGCUGAUCCGCCGGCUACGCUGCCUCGCGGCGUACGAGGCCGCCAACCGGAAUCUGGAAAAGGCGCGCGCCAAAAACAAGGACGUUCACGCGCCAACGGAGGUGCAAGAGGCUGAAACGGCGCAAACCCAGGCCUGCGAAAAGUUCGAGGCGAUGUCGGCCCGCGGCAAGGAGGAACUGGUGAGCUUCCGGUUGCGUCGCGUUGCGGCGUUCAAGAAGAGCUUAAUCGAACUGGCCGAGCUGGAGAUGAAGCACGCCAAAACGCAGUACGAGUUUCUGCGCCAGUCGCUCCUCUCGCUGCAGGAGAUUGUCUAGAGGUUCCGUGUAGGUGGCUCUUAAAAGCAAAGAACGGGGCCCGCACCAGUGCAUUUCGAGAGAACAACAAAGAAAGAUUUAACAUGGUUAACAAGGUUUGUCCGUGCGUGUGAGCGAGAAUGUGAGAUUGUGUGGACAUCCGGAACCAUAUAUCCCGGAAGCGAGAUCGUGCGGAUAUCAGAAUGAUGACAAAAACAUACGUGACUGUCUGAGGGGUUUUGAGAAUAGUAAACCUUUGUUGAAGAUUUAUAGAACAACAACUUCAACAAAAAAAUACGACAUAGACUCACCGCGCGCCUAUGGUCUCGUAGGUAAAUAUCUCUUAUCGUACACAUACAUGCAUACAUACAAACAGACACACAUACAUAUACAACACGUGAAAAUUUCGAACAAAUCGGUCACCCAAAAACAGCUUUACGAUGGCUAGGAGGAGAGGUUAGGAAGUACGAACCGGUGUCGUUGCUAACGAAAGAACAAUAAUCGAAUAUAUCGGGAGAAAAUUGUAACAAAAUUUACGUUUUGAAGAGAGAUAAACAAAACACAACUUCAGUAGACGAGGAUAGAUUAGGAAAAGGGAAAAGUUUAGUUUGGAGACGCUGGCGACGAAAAAAGAAGUUCCAUUUGUUUCGUUAUCUUUUCUAAGAAAACUAAUUAAAAUCUUUUUAUAUUCUAUUUAACCAAACAUUCUGGUUUAUUUUGUUAUCUGAAUAUAUCUUCUACAUAUAUACAAACACACAUUUAACUGAAUGCUGCGUGUUCGCGUUUGUUGACAUUUUUUUCGUUUUUAAAAACUCUCAUUUUCAAAAUGUAGAACAACUGAUAAAAUAGCUAAACAACAACAAAAAAAGUAUUUUUCGAUUCCGAAUUGCAACCCUAUUAGGCGAAACAAAGCUAACUAACUAUUUUUAUUGAUUAUUUUUUAUAAGCUAAACUGAAUAUAUUUAUGAAAUGUAGCAAAGUGAAAAAUAUAACAAAACAAAAACAAUAAGAAGACUACGUCUAUAAUUUGCGUUGUUUAUACUCGUUACUCAAGAUCGCGA